UCGUCUGCUUCAUGGUUCUAUCUGCACUUUCUCAUAGACAGUUUUCUGUUUGUUUCGUCUGAUUUGUGAUACAUUUGCACCGAAUUGGUAUUCAGCCUCAUCCAGUUUUUCUUACGUAUUCAUCCUUUUUCUGAAUAGGAAACUUGCAACAGACGCUCACACUAAUUUUGAAUACCAGUGUGCCAUGAUUUGAGUAUGGAGAGGAGACACCUUAGCCGCUUAAGAGAAGAGCAGGAUAAAGCUAUCCAGGCCACAGAGGAGCAGUUAUCUACAUGGAAGAGGUUUAAGACUGAUUACACCACUGUUCAGGAGAAGUUGAGGACUCUACCUGAUAAAGUCUCCCACCCCUACAAGGUACCCAUUGGAAGCAAAGCUUUCAUGCCUGGUAAACUGGUACACACAAAUGAAGUGUUGGUUCUUCUAGGAGAUAACUGGUUUGCUGAGCGGUCAGCAAAGCAGGCUUGUGAGAUCAUUGACAGGAGGCUUGUGGGUAUCAACAAGCAGAUAGCAGAUUUAGAGAAGCAGAGAGAGCUACUGAAGCCACGAGUGGACAUCACAUCUCAGCUUCAGGACAUAUCAGAGGCUAAAGAUGGUAUGGUGGAGAUACAAGAGGAGUACGAUGCUGAGAAGGAACAAAAGUGGAAAGAACAACACAGAAGAAAUCUUCAGAGGCAGAGAAAAAAAGACAAGGAGGAAAGGGAAAAGUUAGCCGGAAGUCAGCACAAAAAGCCAUUGUCUGAUGAUGAGCUGUGGGCCAGAUUAGACCAGUUAGAGAGAAUUGAAACAGAGAUGAAGGAGUUGUCACGGAUUCCCAUGACAGACAACAGGAUAGAUAAAAAGCCAUCUCCUAUCAGAGAAAGAAUUGUACGAUGGGCAGAUGAAAGAGAUGGAGGCAGCGAGCAGAUCAGCAGUUCUGGUGAGGAGGAGGUGGAGGAUGAACUGGGAGGGGUGGAGAGGCCAAAGGUCAUCAGGUUUACGCAUACACAGGGAGCGGAUCAGCUGUGCAGAACAGGAGGAGAUAACUCCAGUAACCCUGUGGUGUCAGACCCUCCCCAGAUUACCAGCCCAGCUGACAUAUACAAGCUCUUCCAGCCCACACAUCCAAAGUCCAUUCUUAAGUCAAAGGGUGGGGCAGGGAUGGAAAGUACCACUGAACAAAGUGGUGUGGAGAAAAACACAUUUUUAGCACAUCCUACUGAAGCAUUUUCUGGCACCAUUGUAGAGCGAGAUUUGGGUAAAAUUGUUCCCAUGGUAACAGAACCUUCGGUCUCAGACACAACUCCUGCGCCUGUUGGUAAUCCUCCAAAACGCGUCUCUAAAUUCAAAGCAGGUCGACAGAAACAACAGAAUUCCAACAGGUAGCCCAGACACAUUUUCCGGGUCUCUAUAUAUGGGCAUCAUGUUACCUUUACUCUGUGUAGGCGGAGCUUAUUUGGACAGGAUGUAACCAUCUUACACCAGGAGAUGAUACAGUGUACCCCUAUGCUUCCAUAUUGGGAAGGUGGAAAUCUACGAUUUUUAAAACUCAGAGUAACAUUUCUUUCUUCCCAGUGGGGUCAUUUAUACAGUUGCAUGCUGGUAAAGGAUGUGACUUCCUGUUGUGAACACUGUCUCCAGAAAAUUUGAUGAUUGUCAGAAUGAAGAUUUAGCAAUACUUGCAGAUUUUUCAAUCCACACACUGCUAUGUGAUACUGUACCUGAAUGAGAACAGUCAAGUUUGUUUUGGAACUGCCCUACUGAUCAAUUGUACUGUGAUAAAACAGAUUUUUUCAUUUAUCACAUAAAUUUGCCGUGUUGUUUUGUUGUGGACGUCUCUUUGGGUGGUAACUUCCACAUUACUGAAUCAUUGUAUUUACUGACCUGGGACUUUGACAUUUUAGCUGAGCUGAAUGUUCCAAAGUUUUGCACCACAAAGCUUCGCACCACAAAAAUUACUGUAAUUUUAUCUGACUGUUUUUUAUCAAUGACAAGAACGUAAUGCUAAUGCCAGCUCAGACAACAUGCAGAUUUUGUCAACCCAUGCUGUGUUUUGCUGUGCUGGAUCUUGUUGCUCUUCACAAAAUUUAAGCUUCCUCUCCGGCCGUA